GCCUCUCUGUUACCAUUGGCAAUGACAGGCACCGCCCCAAGUUAGCGUGACAUGAAAAGGUGGGACUUCCGGAUCUCGAAGCCAAUGUACAUGCUGAAAUCAGCCAGUUACGCAGCACUUUCUAUCACGUGAUAUUGAGGGCCAAUGACAGUGUACAGCCGAGGGCCCACGUGCCUCCGUGUCCAUUGGCAACCCGCGGCUUCUAAACAACCUACUUUCCUCAGGCCGCAGCUCAGGCCUCCCUGUUUCCUGUCUGAUCCCGCCAUCGCCAUGGCAGAGUUGGGCCUAAAUGAGCACCAUCAAAAUGAGAUUAUUAAUUACAUGCGUUUUGCUCGUUCAAAAAGAGGCUUGAGACUUAAAACAGUAGAUUCCUGCUUUGAAGACUUCAAGGAGAGCAGGCUGGUGGAGGAGACUUUCACCAUGGAUGAGGUCACAGAAGUCCUGAAUGGGCUGCAGGCUGUGGUACACAGUGAGGUGGAGUCUGAGCUCAUCAAUACAGCCUACACCAAUGUGCUACUCCUGCGGCAGCUGUUCUCACAAGCUGAAAAGUGGUACCUAAAGCUACAGACGGACAUCUCUGAACUUGAAAACAGAGAAUUAUUAGAACAAGUUGCUGAAUUUGAAAAGGCAGAAUUUACAUCUUCAAAUAAAAAGCCCAUCAUAGAUAUCACAAAGCCUAAACUUGUUCCAAUCAAUGAAGGCGGAACAACAGAACUGCUAAACAAGGAAAUUUUAAGACUUCAACAAGAGAAUGAGAAAUUAAAGUCAAGACUGAAGACCAUUGAAAUACAGGCUACAAAUGCUUUGGAUGAGAAGUCAAAAUUGGAAAGAACACUUCAAGAUUUACAGCUUGAUCAAGGAAAUCAACAGGAUUUUAUAAAGGCCCAUGACUUGGAUGACUUGGAAAACACAGUUGCAGCUCUUAAGAAUGAAUUUCAGAAAACACUUAAUGACAAGACAGAAAACCAAAAGUCUUUGGAGGAGAACCUAGCAGCAGCCAAACAUGACCUCCUCAGAGUACAGGAGCAGCUGAGCAUGGCUGAAAAGGAGUUAGAAAAGAAAUUUCAACAAACAGCAGCUUAUCGAAACAUGAAAGAGAUUCUCACCAAAAAGAAUGACCAAAUCAAAGAUCUACGGAAAAGACUGGCAAAAUAUGAAUCUGAAGAUUAAAGACUGAAAGGUUUUGUCCAGAACCUGCCACACAUGAGCAUACAAGUUAUCUCCAUCCACCUCAGGCAUGUAUUUUGAAGCAUUUUGUCAUAUUCUCUCCUUUUUCUAAUGUUUAGGCUUUGCUUGUAAUACUAGAAUUAGUAUUCUUAUCUUCAGUUCUCUAAUUGAGAAGAGAAAAAAAAUGUAAUGAUUCUUUUUUGUUGUCCCAAACACCUGUCUGUCAAGUGCUCCAGUCUCCGUACAAGUACAGUGAGAUUUCUUCAUGGUAGAAAAGAGUUUAGAGUGGGAAGAAGAGCCAUCCUUUUGUAUUAGUAAGAAGAGUGAACCUUUUAAUGUUAGAUAAGCCGGUACCAUCAAUACUUGUACAGUCUCUGAAUGUAAAGAUACAUAGUAAAGUUAUUAAGUUUACAAAUAAAUCUCCUAUUUUUAAUAAUGAAA